AUGGCUGGCAAAAAGAGGAAGGCCUCCGGGCAAAGCGUCAAAAGUCGCACGCAAGAUUUCGACAAGUCCAAAGGAAAAGUAGCCUUCACAACAUAUGAAGACAUUGCCGACUCCGAGGAUGAAUUCCACAUCAACAGAGAUAAAGUUAUGUUGGAUGAUGAACCAAAUGCUAAGCGUCAAAGGAAAUCGAAUUAUGACGAUGAAUUAGUCGAGUUGUCGGACGAAGAGGUAUUAGGGUACUCCGACGAGAGCUCUGAAGAAGAAGAAUACGAGGCGCCGAAAUCGAAGAAAUCGAAAGCUCAAGAAAACGAUGAGGAAGAUGCGGAAGAGGAAGACGAAUAUGCUGAGGGGUGGGGAUCUUCGAAGCGCGAUUACUAUGAUGCGGAUAAUAUCGAAACGGAAGCCGACGCCCUGAUGGAAGAAGAGGAGGCUAAACGAUUACAACAAAAAAGACUUUCGAAAUUGACUAAAGCUUCUUUCGGUCUCGAUGAACUCGACAUCAAAUGGCUCCCUGCGAGUGAUGACGAGGAAGGCCUGGGAGGUGCUCUUAAAAAGGGCAAGGGGGGCAACAAAGAGGAAGCUGAUGAUUAUGAAGAGGGAGAUGUGGUAACAGAGGUUUUGAAGGAUAUUGAGAUCACAGAAGAUAUGGGUCCGGAAGAAAGGUUAAGAAUACUAUAUUCAAGAUAUCCAGAAUUCGAGUUCCUGGCAGACGAAUUUCUAGAACUAGCACCUGUUCUUCAAGAUUUACUGAAGGAAGUGGACCAGUUGCCUGAGUAUGAAAUCGACGCGAUACCUUUUACAGUCACAAAAGCCAGGGCUUUAGCAGCUUACACAUCUACUAUCGCCAUGUACUUUUCGCUUUUAACUUCUCCAUCGCAGCGUCCUGAAGGGGAGGGAAAGACUAUGAAUCCACAAGAAUUGCGAGAUCAUGAGAUUAUGGAUUAUUUAAAGUCAACUCGAGAGUUAUGGUUGAGGGUCAAGUCAAUUGACGUCACAAAGUUGGAGGAAGAUUCGGAAGAUGCAAGCGAGAAUAUAUCUAUGGAAGGCAUGGAGGAUACACUCACAUCAGAAGAGGAGAUGGAGACAAUUAGACCAACGAAGAAAUCCAGAAAGGAACUGGCUCGCGCUGCUGCUGCUGAAAGGGCGGCCGCAAAACGUAGCAAACAGAUCCAGGAAGCAGAAGAAGAUUUGGCAGGUCUUGAUGAUCUCGUAUCUAAAGCUAAGAAGUCAAAGAAGGUAUCGAGAGCUGUUGUUGAAGCAGAUGAUGAUUCCGAUUUCGGCGAAGAAGAGUCCAUGGAUGCCAAGGCUGCGGAGGAGAAGGCUAAAAGAAAGAAGUCACUCAAGUUCUACACAUCUCAAAUCGCUCAGAAAGCGAACAAGAGAGCCGACGCAGGGAGGGGGGCCGGUGGUGACGAGGAUCUACCUUAUAGAGAGAGGCUUAGAGAUCGCCAGGCACGACUCAACCUUGAGGCCGAGAAGCGUGGAAAGAAAUUGGAUGAAUACGGCAGAGGUACUGCUCUGGGUGGAGAGAGCGACGACGACGAUCAAGAAGCUGUUGCUGGCGAAGUUCGAGGCGAUGAAGACGAGUACUAUGAUAUGGUUGCACAGACAUCAAAGAAACGCAAGGAUGAUAAAGAGGCAAAGUAUGCCGCAAUUUCUGAAGCGAAGAAGGCUGGAAAGUUGGCAAGAGUAGUAGAAGUGGAGAAUGAUGAAGAUGGUAAGAGAGCUAUCGGAUAUGUAAUUGAGAAGAAUAAGGGAUUGGCGCCAAAGAGGAAGAAGGAGGUCAGAAACCCGAGAGUGAAGAAGAGGAUGAAGUAUGACGAGAAGAAGAAGAAGCUGGGCAGUAUGAGAGCUGUGUACAAGGGUGGAGAAGAGAGAGGCGGUUAUGGUGGUGAGAAAACCGGUAUUAAGACUGGUUUGGUUAAGAGUAGAAAGUUGUAG